AUGUUUAGUCAACUAACCGUAUCCGGUUCCUCCUGUGAUGCCCUUAUGACAAAGCCAUGUCAGCGCACUUUUGGUACCUCCGAAACGGCUCGCAAUCGCCUGCUGCGGUCAAAGUCCGACGAGGCGGUCCGUCUCGCUGAUCCGGCACCGACGUCAUCGCGUCCACUGAUAAGCGUUGCCUCCUUCGAUGCGGCGAGUUCGCGUGUGGUGUUGAACGUUGUGCCGUCCGCUUCGGCCGGUUCAGCAACGGAACGGUUCGAAUUUCCCGGCGUCUGGCUGCGGGACAACUGCCAGUGUGCCGAGUGCUUCCACCGCGGAUCGACGAGUCGCGUGCUGAACUGGGAGACGUUCGAUGUGGACCGGGCGCGGGUGGAGGACGUGCGGGUGCAGGACGGUGGCCAUGCACUGGAGGUACUCUGGGAGGAGGGUCAUCGGUCGGUGUACGAGUUGUCGUGGCUGCUAGCUCGAAGCUUUCGCGAAGGGGACACGCGGGAGUACCUGCGCGAAUGGUACCGUCCGGAUCCGGUGUUGUGGGGCGCGGGACGGUUCGAGGCCGGCGAGGUACUGCAGGAGUUCCAGUUCCAGGAGGUUCUGCACGAGGAUGAAGUUUUGCGACGGUGGAUCGAAGCGUUGAUCCGGUCCGGGGUGGUCAUGAUCAAGGGAGCACCGCUGACGGAGCACGAAUGUCGCCGGUUGGCCGAGCGGGUUGGAUUUAUCCGAAAAACACACUACGGUGAGGAAUUCAUCGUGAAAGCUAAGGAGGGCACCAGCAACGUGGCGUACCUUUCCACCCCCCUGCAGAUGCACACCGACCUGCCCUACUACGACUACAAACCGGGUUGCAAUCUGUUGCACUGUCUGGUGCAGUCCACGAACACCGUUGGCGGGGAGAACCUGAUCGCGGAUGGGUUCUACGUGGCGGAACGGAUGCGCCACGACCAUCCGGAUGACUUUCGGCUGCUGGCGGAAACGCUCGUCAACUGGAGUGACCUGGGCGAGGACGAAGGGGGUGCCUUCCACAGUAUCUACCGUGCGCCGGUCAUCUGCAUCGGUCGUGAUGGCCGUCUCGAGCGGAUUAAUCACAGCGUACCCCAGCGCGACAGUCACUUCAGUGUGCCGUUGGAUCGGGUCGAACGGUGGUACCGGGCGAUGCAACGCUUCGUGGCCAUACUGCACCGGGAAGCGGUAAAGUUUCGGACGUCUCCGGGCGACAUUCUUACGUUCAGCAACGUACGCAUGGUACACGGGCGAACGGGGUACACCGACACGUCCGGGAACACCCGGCACAUCGUGGGCGCCUAUCUCGAUUGGGACGAAAUCUACUCCCGCUGGCGGGUGCUUAAAGCGGCGGCAACGAAAAACACUAAUCUCUAA